AUGGCAUCUCCACAUGCACGUCCCACACGUUCUUCUUCGGUUGCACGCAGUCUGGCAAACGCUGCUGCAGCACUUCGAGCACAAGUUCAAAAUGGUGCUGCUACUCAAGUCACAGAACGUGAGUUCUCUGCCACUAGUCAAGUGCUAAACAAUGAAACGGCUACAGUUAUCCCGGUGUUUGAUGCGCGCCAUAGUAGCGAACAGCGCACGACAGACUUUUAUGAACGUGAAAUUCUUUUUAAUGAACUUCGCGAGCGACAGCUUGACAAAAAAAUUACGCGUGAGUACUUUGUUCCUAAAAUGAACCAUUUUGAACGACUAAGAGACGACGAGAUGUAUUCGACAAGAAGAGAUACUUCAAAUUAUGGACAACAUCUCAAUAAGGACUCACAUAUGAUAGAAAAGCGUACGACAUUUUCGACUCAAAUUCCUCAAAACGAUCAGAUCUAUCGGACUUCAGACAACUUCGCUCAUCAACACCACUCGCGAUCAGUAUCUCCACGUGAUCUUCCAGCAGCACUGGCCCGCGAGUUUGGCGUGACGCGAGCUGCCAUUUGUCACAUAAAGAAAAAUCGCUUGGAAAUUCUUUCCCGUUACAACUCAAUGGUAAAGUCUGCUCAGGAAAGUGAAAGCUCCUUCGGGCCACCAGGCGUUGAGAAAAUGGUUCACCAAGUUCGUGCCACAUCUGUAUUACUUUUGCUGACGAUAUUGCGUGAUAAUCGGUCAAGUGGAGCUACAUUUCGUCGCGUGGCUGGUCGGUUAAUAAUGAUUGUUCUAGAAGAAGCUCUCGCAGGCUUAUGCGCCGAGAACGUGGAGGUCAAGACAGACAACGGCCAUAUGUAUCAGGGCUUGGAGCUACGCCAGAAUUUUUGUGGUGUAGCUAUUGGCGCGGAAGGCUCACCGUUUCUUGUACUUUUUCAUCAAAUGGAGCCAGACGCUCCACAAGGUUCGAUCCACGUCCAGAGUGGGACAGGAAAACAAGGUCAGCGCGUUUGGCGUUUGGAACAUAUGGACUUACCGGCCGAUAUCACGCAGCACAAGGUUUUGCUUUUUUCUUCUUCAUGCAGCUCAGGAAAUACUGAAUGUAAAGCGAUUGAGGCUUUGUGCGGCCUCGGCUGUGACGAACAAAGUAUUUCGUUGGUCGUACUAUUGGUGGCUUCGGAUGGUAUUGUCCACAUCAGCAACCGAUUUCCGCAUGUGAAAAUUAUUACGGGCGGCAUUGAUAACAACGUAAAUUCACAAACGGACAUGAUUGUUAAUGGCUUUGGAGACUUUGUUACCCGCUACAAUAGUAUCUGA